UAAUAAUGGCGGCCACACAUUUAUAAAAACAUUGGAAUAAAGUGCCGAUUUCUUCCUAAUAUUUUGUUUUAUACGCCUCAACUGUAAUUUCAACAAGGUAUUUACAAAUUCAUUAAUCCAACGAGCCAUGUCAAAGAACAUAUUGGAGAAGCUCAAGCUAUGCUGAUUUCUAUUGAAACAAAACUUAUUUAAGGACAACAGCAGCCAUGGCAAUGAGGGGUGUGAGGGUGGUGUCUGACCCAGGGGGAGCUGUUCACAGUCGCAAGUCUACCCCCCUCAGUCUUAAGCCUGAUGCUUCAAACAUGCAGCACCAACCAAAGCCUGAGAUAGGGGAACCUACGGAUCCAGACCCAGUGAGGAUAGAUGUCUCUAAGCUUGGAACCAUUCGCAUGGAUGUCGGGAAUAGUCAGUUUUAUACAAAGGGAGGGAUCAUUCCGAUAUCGGACAGCAGCGAUAGCCUCUCUUUGGAAGCACGUCAUGGCAGUGCUAGUGUACGCAUGAAGAAAAUGACUUCCAGACCACAUGAUGGUACAAGAUUUCCUAAGCUGGACAAUUGUGCUCAUUUCCACUAUGACUUUGUGGAGCUUGGCCCCCUACAGAUUCAACUGAGUGAAGAAAAUCAGGAAAAUUUCCACAGGGGUCAAGGGUCACUGAACAAUGAGCAGGACAUUCUAUUCUCCAUUAUGGUGUCCCACGGUGGCAAACGCUGGACAAUCUCCCGCAGCUAUGAGGACUUCAGAAGCCUGGAUAAGCAGCUACACAGAUGUAUUUAUGAUAGAAAAUACAGUAAGCUGCCAGAGUUGAAGAAAUGGGAUUCCCUGUUUAGUGAUGGCAUGGAGCCAUUCCAACAACGAUUAGCCCUAUACCUGGGUCGUCUUUCCAAUAUAGCAGGCAGUAUGAUCAACUGUGGUCCUGUACUCAACUGGUUUGAGAUGGAUAACCGUGGUAACCGGCUGAUUGUGACAGACGAAUCAGCCAUCAACACCCCAGCAGUGGCAUGUGCACAUGUAAUCAAACGCUACUCUGAACAAGCACCUGAUGAAAUUAACCUGGAGGUUGGAGAUAUGAUCUCUGUGAUUGACAUGCCCCCAGCUGAGGACACUGUUUGGUGGAGAGGCAAGAAGGGCUUUGUGGUGGGCUAUUUCCCAUGUGAACAUGUAGAGAUCAUUGGUGAAAGACUUCCACAGUCAGUUGUCUCCAAGAUUCCAGCAACACCUCCAAAAGAAGUGUUACGAAGAAGAGGAAAAUUAAUUUCCUUCCUCCGCAAUUUCUUUAACACGAGGCCUCAGAGAAAUGCUCUUAAGCGCAGUGGAAUUGUGAAAGAGCGUGUGUUUGGAUGUGACUUGGGUGAACAUUUGCUCAACACGGGUAAUGAGAUCCCACUGGUGCUGAAAGUGUGUACAGAGGUCAUAGAGACCCAUGGGGUUGUAGAUGGGAUAUAUAGACUAUCAGGCGUGGCUUCCAAUAUACAGAAACUCAGGGUACUAUGUGACAGUGACACAGAAAACAUGCCAGAUUUGACAGAAGAAUGCUACCUGAAUGACAUCCAUAGUAUAAGCUCUCUUGUGAAGAUGUACUUCAGGGAGUUACCCAACCCUCUACUUACAUACCAGCUGUAUGAUAAAUUUGCUGCUGCAGUACAAGCAGGGGAUAAUAAACUAAUGAAGGUCCAUGAUGUCAUACAUCAGCUUCCCCCUCCUCAUUACAGGACAUGUGCAUUCCUUAUGAAGCACCUGAGUAAGAUGGCCUCCUUUUCAUCAAAGACAGCCAUGCACUCUAAAAACAUUGCCAUAGUUUGGGCCCCUAACUUAAUGAGAUCUAAAGAAUUGGAAACACGGGGUAACGCUGCUGCCUUGCAGGGGGUGGGGGUCCAAGCUGUUGUGACGGAGUACCUUGUACGAUACGCUGAUCUACUCUUCAAUGAUAAAGAACUACCCAAUUUCACUGGAGAAAAAACUAGAGGUGAUAGUAAAAGAAUGCGCCCUAAAUCUCUUGCCAUCUCCACACCUACCAAGCUAUUAUCUCUGGAACAGGCCAGGGAGAGGGCCCUGAGUACCUCUAAUGCAGGGGACCAGAAGUACAUUGAAGUGGGAGGGGGACCAUCUAAUCUCCCCUCUAAAUACCACACAGUCAUUGACCUACCAGGGAAGAAGCGGGGAAAGGACCGCAAAUCCCCAGGAAGCACAUUGAAAUCUUUCUUCAGCAGUGGAAAAGGCAAACAGGGAAGUGUGAAAGGACGAUACAGAAAAUCCAGUGAAGGGCCAGGGGAUCAUAUGCAAUUGCCACUUGAAGAGCAACUUGCUCUGACAGAAGAGGAUAUUGCGAGACGUCGCAGGUUGCGUUCAGUGCGUAGUGCUGACUCUUUGUUGUCAGGGGGCAGCAGCCAAAGGACCUCAGUGAACAAUGAUGAUAACUUAUCUAAUAAGACUAACUCUUUUAUAAGUGAGAGGCAUUCUUUCCGCAGUAGGCCUGUAUCCAUGGAGACAGCUAGCAAUGGAUUGAAGAGGUCAUCUUCCGAGGAGUCCUUUCCCCAGUUGGACUUUGGCUCAGCAUUCUCUCUCUCAGACGAUGCAUUCAAGAUGCUACGCUCCCCAAGCAAAAACCUGAAGGGAAGUCCCUCUAAGAGGUCUUCUCACAUGUACGACAGUGACGUCACAGACUUCAACAUAUUACAUGAGCGUGAGGCUCUGGAACAAAAGACGCAGAUUCUCAGUGAAAUGCAAGAGGAAUACCCAUCACAUUUUCUAAGACCAAGCUCAUCAGCCAGCCAAUCAGAUUCCAGUAGAGCUUCCUUGUUAUCAACCUUCCAACCUCAUUUAAGUUGUGGAUCAGAACAUACAGACGAUUCUGCGCCAGAAUUGCCUCCCAGGCGCUCUAGGGACACUGCACCCCCUCUUCCUCCACCCAGGAGAGACAGUCUGCGGCUAUCUAAAGCCAGCUCUGAGGGUUCAAGUUAUGGGAUCUCUGAGCCUAGUCCUGAUUACCCCACCGGCCCUAGCCCACCUCCCAGACACAGGGUGUCAAACUAUAUGAAUAUACCAGAGGAGGGUCUCACUUAUGAAGGUGACAUAGCACAGCAUGACUCUGGCACUGUUCAUUAUACACAGCAUGCACAUGAUGAUUUCACACACUCAUUGGAUAUGUAUGAGCCUGCGUAUGGUGCGGGAGGGGGGUUACAUAUACGUUCACAGAGUGACAGUGCUGCCCUCUCUUCACCACAUGUACAUCACUCUAAGUCCUACAGUGAGGCCAUAGCCAGUGAUACUAGCCUCGCGUAUUCCACCCCCAAGCCGCGCUAUCCCUCCCCUACUAGUGAGUAUGUCACAGAUACUGCCACGCAAGAGGAUGUAUUUCCUAUUCAAUUAUGCGAGAGCCCAGGAGCGAAGAGAAAGAUGGGCUCUGAUUGGGUAGAUACCCUUCAUAGACAGGCCUCAUAUAAACAGAGAUCCAAAAGUUUAGAUCAUCCUGAUGAUGAUCAGGAUUAUAGCAAUCAAGGGAGAGUACAUUCAUUGGAUGAACUUUCUAAAAGACUAUCACCUGAGUUUGAACCUGAUUUAGAUUAUCACACACAAGGGUCACCUAUCCCAGCAGGCCUUGACUCCCUGGAAGAUUUGUCUCAGUACAACACCACAUACACAGAUCUUAACAUGUCGGAUAGUUGUGCCACAAUGUUUGACGAACAUGGCAACCUUGAUAUGGAAUCCAAAAUGACCCAGACAUCUCAGCAAAGACUCCAUAGGGCCUCAUAUAAGGAUAAACCCCUAGACAUUUCCACUGAGAAGCUACCAUCUGACCUAGAGAGGAAACAAUCGGUUGGUAACAUGAGUAGCUCAUCAUUGCACUCGACCCAUUCUUCAUAUGGAGGUCUUAGCGAGGAUGAAACUGGAGAGUUUAAACGAGUUCAUUCAGUGCGUUUAGAGAGAGCCCCUGGGUACUCAGCCUCACCCCCUGUGUACUCAACAUCACCCGCUGCUAAUAUUCCCGAACCACAAGUGACAUCAGAUCGUUAUAGCAGUGCUAGCUUGGUGUCUAAUACAAGCGCGCAGAGCCAUACACGUACUCAAAGUUAUGACAGUAUUCACAGCCAUACAGAUAGUACUCAAGACCAACGGGACAUAACUCUGAAACAGACAGAACCAGAAGCUCGAGAUUCCCUAUAUAAACAGAUGUAUUUUGACGUUGAGAAUGAGACUGGGGAAACUGACAUUGAUCAGAUGAUUGCUGAUGAAAAUAUAAAACAUAAAGAUGAAUACAUGAGUCAGGAUAGUGUUAAUGUAAUAUCAGAUGCAGAUCACAUAGAACAUCAUCAUUCCCGAGGUAGUCUUGACCAAUCAAUGACCAGCAUGUCACCGCAUAGCAUACCAGGCUCUGAAUCGGAUAAGAUGUCUAUUGACUUUGAUAAAAACAUGAGUGAUCAUGACAACACAAAUACAUUACAUGACACAGAUAAACAUUUGAGCUCCACUGGGAGUUACCAUGUCAAGACAGACAUCCCUCAGACUGAUUUUGACAGCAAACUGGAUAACUAUCAUGACCCACCACAAAGAAAAUUACAUGAGCCACCAAAAGAACAUUUUGAGACUUUACUAGAGACUGAUUUCCCAUGUGCAAUAGGGCAGGAACAGGCAAUGGAUGAUGUGAAGGUUACUAAUAUUGAUGAUUGUGAUACUCAGUGGUUUGACCCAACAAUCAGGUCAGCUCAGAAAGACAUUGACAAUGAUAAAACAAAGGACAGAUAUCACCCAUAUUCCAAUGCAGCGUAUUCUCCUGUUAAAAGUCCCAAAUCUCCUCAAGUCGCUCUCCCAUUUGAGGUUCUUGAUCGACUUGAUACCCCUGAAAGUCCUAUUGAUGAUGGACAGUUUGAUGUUACAAGCCAACCAAAUGGCCAAGAUAAUCAACAUCACUAUAGAAACCUUGAUGUAAAAACAGGAGGUAAUAUUUACCCAGCAUGCAAUGAAGAUAUUUACCCAGACAGCAUUCCUGGAGUUCAAUGCACAAAUAUUGAUGAACUUGAUCCUACCGAUUCAAUGCAUGAUGACUCCAAAGAUUUAGAAAUCCAAAUUGGAGCUGAAAAUGAUAUUCAUGCUAAACCAAUACAUAGCAUAACAAGUUCUGACAGUAUUAAACAGUAUUAUGACCGUGACCUAGAUACCCCUGAGAUGGUGUUUCUUGCUAGACAGUCAUCAGCAAAUCAGAGAACAGAAAUCCCAUCAGAUGAGUCCCAUACACAGGAGCCCUCACAUGAAGGUAUAUCUCCCAGGGAGGAAAAACAUUACUUAGAUGUAACAUCAGAUAGUUAUCACACACGGCAAGAUAGUUCCCUUGCUACAGAAUUCCAGAGUGACAAGCAUGACCCAUAUUCACAGGAGGAUACUCCUGAUUUCCUCACUAGUUCAAUACAGGAGACAUCCUCCUAUAAGCAACACACAGAACAUGAUUCUCAAUCAGAGAUUAAACACCAACCAAGCCCUUCACAUGAAACACAUGUCAGCACCCCCCAGGAUGUCCCAGUUUCACCAGCAGGCAGUGCAGAUAGGGGAUUAGAGCAGGGUAGCUCCCCUGGGCAAUCUCCUGUGUACCGUCACCCUCUAAACACAGAUGCCUAUAUACGUGUAACUGCACGUGUGGCGCAUGCAUACAGUGACUUGCCUCUAGAGUCUAUUUCACAGCCAGGAUCUGUAACUGCCUCUCCAGUGAAAUCACCAAGCCAUACUGCUCUUGAUGAUGAAAUUCAAGGCGAUGGUACCACAGAUGACAAUACACAUGUGGCAGGUGCCAUAAAUGAAAAUAUUGAAGACCAUGGUAAAGGAAGGUACAACAGAAUCACAGACAAUGAGGAACAUAAAACAGUGAGAGACUUGAUCAAUCAACGCAAUUCAUUUGGGUCAAAGACGAGAGAAAAAUUGAAAUUAUUUGAAAAACAUGACUUAGACCAAUCAAAUUCUGUACAAUUUAGAAAGACACCUAGCCCUCUUGAAACGGAGAAAUCAGUUACAACAUCCAUGGAGUGUACGCCACCUGUUAAUAGGAAAACAUGGGGAUGUGAUCAGUCUCCUGAGAGUAGUAAGAAAUAUGCUCCAAAGGUGGCGCUGAAGCCAUCAUUUAAACGUAGAUCUGCCCCUCCCUCUUCUAGCGACUCAGACUCUGCUGUUGAGAAUGCCGUACACACUCCCUCUGUUGAUACGAGUGAUUCUAAAUUACACAAAACUGCUGAUAACAGCACUUUAUUUAAAACCACCUCAGUGGCACAAUCAAACAAUGCAGUAGGGAUCCCAUCAUUAAAUGAUAAGGAUGUUGAGAUUAAUGAACAAAAACACAGCCCAUCUGACAAGGUCACACCAGUGAAACCAAAACCCAGCGAAACAGUGGAAAUAAUCACACGCAGCGGGAAAAAAGUUGAGCGUAAAAAGAGUGUAAAAGAAUUAUUGAAUCAAUUUGAAAGUAAAGACGGUUCUAGUACAGCUCAAGAUGAAAUCAAAUUCAAACCUAGUAUUUACCAAAAACCACGGACAGUAUUGUCAAAAUCAAUGUCGCCAACUAAAGGAGAAAGUGGAUUUUUCCAAGAGACCAUCAAUGAAGAACCACACGAUCAUAAUAAGCCAUAUUCCUCCAUGCCACAUAGCUCUACAUGCGAAGAGCACGUUGAGAUGAGAUCAAGAGCAAACUCUGAACCACCAGAACCUAAACCCAAACCUGUUAAUAAAUUCCGUGUACGAAGUACCAAUGAUAAUAUUCCAUCUUAUGAUAGUGAAGCUGUUAAGCCUAGUUGGUGCAGUCCAAAGGGACCUAAUGCUGAAAUGGAGAAUCAUGGCUCAUCUGCACCUUGGACUUCUAUAGUCUAGCUCACUCUCAGUCUCUCAAACUGUAUACUCGCCCCCAGGAGGGACUCGGCCAAGAAUUUAAAAAUAACCAAUUAAAGUAAAGAUACAACUUGACAUAUGAGAGUAUCUCACACAGUUUUAGACAAUUUUUUAGUCAGAGUUAUUUUAAGUGAGAAUGGAUGAGGAACAGUUGAGAAAAUCAUGAAAUAAGUGCUACAUUAUUUAUUAUGAUAUGCAUGAUGUGGUGAAGUUGUUGGAAAUAAUGUGAUUGAAUUGAUUCAGUUAAUGUGAAUGGCAUAAUGAGGUGUAAUGAUAUUUGUAUUACUGAAUAGUGAAUAAUAUGUAUGUAUAUAGUCCUAUAGCCACCACAUCAAUGUCAGUUUAUGAAAUGCCACUUCGAUGUCAGUUUAUGAAAUACCACAUCGAUGUCAGUUUAUGAAAUGCCAAAUCGAUGUCAGUUUAUGAAAUGCAAUCAUUAAUUUGCUCAUGUUUGGUACUCACUACACGGUUUUGCAAUGCAACUACAGUAUUGAUAUUAUAAAAAAUGAAAUCUUGCCAGUAUUUUAUUUAUUUUUAAUCUCAUCAUCUGACAAUUUUAAGUUUCAAUCUUAUCUAAGGAUAUGGCAAAGUUUGGCAAGUUGAAAUACUUUCUAAAAUAAAUGUGUUAUUUACCUGAAUAUUAUGGAUAACAGACUCAUGAACAUUCUUUAAAUCACACUUUCAAGAGUGCUAUAUUGUUGUUGUCAUGGGCUGCUGGCUAGGUGGACCCCACAUAAAUGUACCAUCAAAAAUGUGUACAUACGCUAGAGCAGACU